AUGUUCACGUUCGGAAAUUUUAUUCUGUUCGCCUUACUAGUCUUGGACCAUCGCGGAUAUGCUGUGCCUCAGGAGGUCCAUCAAUCCGUGUGCCUACUCUCGGAUGCCCCACACCAAUGCGGGGCUUUUACCCUCUCCGCAUUGGGGCCCCUGUUCGACGACAUGGAUGAGUUGAAGAUUAGACUAAGUGAAUCGAAAAUACAAGCAGUACAAGAGAGGGUGGAAAACAGUAUAAGAAAAGUCGUGGAAACUGAAAUGCAAGCAGUAAAAAACAGGAUUCAAGCCCUGGAGGGAACCCUGCUAUCGGUUUCAAAGAAGUUUGAAGAUCAAUUACAAUCGAGUUUGGACAGGAUGCAAGACCAACUGAAAGCAGUACAGAAUAAACAGGAGCGAGACUCAGAUACUGGACUAAAAAUCAUUCCCCCAAAGUUUGAGCUGAUCGGAUCCAGGUAUUUUUAUAUCGAAGACAAAGUUCAGCAAGAUUUUGAAACUGCUGCCAGUACCUGUCGCCAAAUGGGUGGGUAUCUGGCCUCCAUUAAGGACGAAGAGGAGCUAAACCUUAUCCGCAUGAAAUUCAAGCCAGAUGUUGCCUAUUGGCUGGGCACCAACGAUCACAAAAAAAAGGGCAGUUUUGUGUCCUUGGCCUCCGCGAUCUGGGAAAAAUGA